GUCAGGAAAUUAUCUGGGUAGAAGUGCUCAAGCUUAUUUAUCAACCCUUCAAGAAGCCAACAAUGAUGUUGAGAAAAUGCCAUUAGCAAAGAGUUUAGCUUCUCUGGUUGUUGAAUCUUCACCUCCUGGUGAUGUAAAGGACACUGAUAGGCCUGAAAUGGGUAGAGUUGGGAUGAAACGGUUAUUCGAAAUGCGUGUAAAGAAGAGAGUUAAGCAGCAAUAUAUGAAUGGGAGGUUUAGUGACCUUUUUAUGAAAGUUGUUGCUGAUCCUAAGACCCUUAUGGAUGCUUAUAAUUGUAUUAGAGUGUGCUCAAAUAUUGAUGUCGCGACAUGGGAGGAUUCAGUCAUUUGUUUUGAGUCCUUGGCGGAAGACCUUGCAAAUGGGAGGUUUGAUGUAGAAGCUAAUACGUGUACAGUCUCGACAAGGGGUGGUACUACAAAAGAAGUCCUUGUCCUUCCUAAUUUGAAAUUGAAGGUAGUUCAAGAAGCAUUAAGAAUAGUUUUGGAAGUUGUUUAUAAGCCUCACUUCUCUAAGAUUUCUCAUGGUGGUCGGAGUGGAAGAGGCCACUUGUCGGCUUUUAAGUACAUUUGCAAGGAAAUCCCUGAUCCUGAUUGGUGA